CUGCACUCAGCAGCUUUGAGACUUUGCCUGUCCAGCUGCCUCCUGGUUCCAGUGUGAGAGCGCUGGAGCGGAACCAGCAAGAUUCGGUCCGCUAGGGGAACGCCGGAGCGGCCGCAGCCUCGCUCGCAGCCCCGGGCCCGGCUCAACAUCAGCCGCAAGGCGCUGGUGGCGGCGGCAGUCGGGGUGACCAUGGUCUUACUGCUCGUCACCGUUAUCCCAGUGCUGGUCAGCUCGCUGGGCACGGCCGCCCACUACGAGAUGCUGGGCACCUGCCGGAUGGUGUGCCAGCCUUACCUGACCGAUCAGCCCAGCGCCAGUCCGGGGGCGGUAGAAGCCCGGGGGGGCGAGAAUGACCUGGCACCUCCCCCCUCCACCCUUCUCCAGGGCCCCCGGGGGCAACCAGGACGUCCCGGGAGACCGGGGGCACCGGGGCCGCCCGGGCAGAGGGGUGCUCCCGGGCCAGUGGGGCCAGCCGGGGAGAAGGGUGAAGCGGGCAGACCCGGGCUGCCUGGUACCCCUGGUCCAGGGACAGGGGCUAUCAGCGCUGCCACCUACAGCACGGUGCCCAGGGUGGCGUUCUACGCCGGCCUCAAGAACCCGCACGAAGGAUACGAGAUCCUCAAGUUCGACGACGUGGUGACCAACCUGGGAAACCAUUAUGAUGGUGCCAGCGGAAAAUUCACCUGCUCCAUCCCGGGCACCUACUUCUUCACCUACCACGUCCUGAUGCGGGGCGGGGAUGGCACCAGUAUGUGGGCAGACCUCUGCAAGAACGGCCAGGUCCGCUCCAGUGCCAUUGCCCAGGAUGCUGACCAGAACUAUGACUACGCCAGUAACAGUGUCAUUCUGCACUUGGAUGCAGGGGACGAGGUCUACAUCAAACUGGAUGGCGGCAAAGCUCAUGGAGGCAACUACAACAAGUACAGCACGUUCUCGGGAUUUAUCAUCUACACGGACUGAGGCAUCAGCUCCCCAAAACAGGGGUUCGCCGUGCUGUCUGGCUCAAGGCCGAACAGUGGCUGGGAUGAGGCAGCGGUUCCCAGGCUGUCACCAGCAAAGCAGCAGCUUCAGUGGCUGGGGAGGGUGCUGAGCUCUCUCCCUUUCAGUCUCUUACAGAUAUUUACCUGAUCAAUUGAUUGCUGUUUGAGGCUGGUGCCCCCGGAGCUGCUGCACGCAGCUGGCAUUUUAUUGGAGAGUUUUCUUUUUGUAGUGAUGUUGGAUUUGGAUUAUUCUCAGCUCUGUAACUACUGGCUUUUUCACUCACACACAGAAACAAACCCAUUGGGAGGCUUUCUGUAUUAAAUUUACAUGAAUAUCAUUAGUAACAUCUCUGUGGACAGACAGGGAGUCUCACUGGAGACAGAGCUGCAGUCUGACCCAGGAUAAACGGAGAGCCUAUACAUUGGGUCAGAGUGUCUCAUCCAGGAUAGACCAGGAGCCUGAUCAGGGAUAGACAGGGAAUCUGUACACUCGGACAGUCAGAGUGUCUUACACAGCACAGACAAACAGUCUCACCUGGGACAGUUGGGGAGUGUCACCAGGAUAGAAUUUCCAGAGAGGAUGUCCAAGGAAAAUGGUAAAGAGAUGGACGCUGUCAGGAUUUGCAAAUGCCAACUAUUGUGGCUGGCUCUCAUCUGAGGCCAAUCAAGACCAUAACCUGGUAGGCUUAGAUGAGCUCAAUAUCUGGCCAAAUAACAGAAACAAUGUGAGAUCCUGAGCACAAAGUGCUACCUUGAGAUGAAAUUUACAGAACCUGUGAUAGUGAUAGACUGAAACAAUCUGACUGCAUCUCAUUUAAAUUCUCCUUGUUUCCUCUUGGAAGCUCAUUGUCCUGUUAUCUGUUAUUGUGCAACAUGAAUUCUCUUAAGCAUCCAUUGUAGUUUUACAAAGCAGAGAAAGAGCCAGCAAUAUAAUGUGGACAGAUAGGUCAGAUUGCACAUCCUUCAAGUAGAAUUUCUAUAAUUUGAUUUGCAGAAAGAAACCGAACACGUUCAAAAACUGGCCAAGUGCAAGUUAGAUCAGUUCCUCAAAUAUCGGACCAAAUCUUUCAUGUUUACCCUCACACCUUACAUCAAUUCCAAAAUUCGUAAUAGAAACAUCUUAAUCCAGUACCUCAGAUAUUUGGUCACAUCACACAUUUCCACCUCUCUGCACCUGAAUUCAGUGUCACAUUAUGAGGUUUCAGUUCCUGCACAUAUUAUUUUGCUUCUUCACAAUUUUGUCUAGUUUCUUUAUGCAUUUGUUCCGUUCAUCACACAUUCAUUCAAUUCUUCAAGCUUUAGUCCAGAUUUUUAAAAUUCAGAUGUGAGGUGCAGUGAUCAUUAGCUUGGCUAGCAUUUACUGCGCAUAACCAGAGGGAAGUUAAGUGUUAACCACAUUGCUGUGGGCCUGGAGUCACAAGUAGGCCAGACAAGGUAAGGAUGGCAGUUUCCUUCCUUCGUGAA